CGGCAGAGAGGUCUACUGCGACCGGGCUGGCCGCCGUCGCCGCGGCUGCUUGAAAGUCCCCAAAGUUGAGAGUCAGCGAGAGGCUGCCGCCCGCCGGGAACAGGAGGGAAAGAACUCGGAAGGUGUGAAAGUGACUGACACAGACAGACCGACGACAGUCGGGCGUGCAGACCUUUGGAAAACAUCGCCGUGGGCAGCCAAUCCCCAGAGCACGUGAGGCUUCGCUGCUCUAUUGACUGGUGGGUCACAGAGCUGGUGAAAAGGCUCCUAAAAGAGAAGCGACCAUAAUGUCUUUACAGUCUCACGCAUUGCCCACCCUGCCAGGAGUCCUUAGACCGGGUUGCAGAGAGCUGCUGUGUUUGUUGGUGAUUGCUGUGACUGUGAGCCCUGGCACCUCUGGUCUGUGCCCCACGACUUGCAUUUGUGCCACUGACAUUGUCAGCUGCACCAACAAAAACCUGUCCAAGGUGCCUGGGAACCUUUUCAGACUGAUUAAGAGACUGGAUCUGAGCUAUAACAGAAUUGGACUUCUGGAUUCUGAAUGGAUUCCAGUGUCAUUUGUCAAGCUGAACACUCUUAUUAUUCGUCAUAACAAUAUCACUAGCAUCUCCACCGGCAGUUUUUCCACAACUCCAAAUCUGAAGUGUCUUGACUUAUCAUCCAAUAAGCUGAAGACAGUGAAAAGUGCUGUGUUCCAAGAACUGAAGGUCCUGGAAGUGCUCCUGCUUUACAACAAUCACAUCUCCUAUCUCGACCCAUCAGCAUUUGGAGGGCUGUCCCAGUUGCAGAAACUCUACUUAAGUGGAAACUUUCUCACACAGUUUCCUAUGGAUUUGUAUGUUGGAAGGUUCAAGCUUGCAGAACUGAUGUUCUUAGAUGUUUCUUAUAAUCGAAUCCCUUCUAUACCAAUACACCAUAUAAAUUUAGUGCCAGGGAAACAGCUGAGAGGCAUUUAUCUACAUGGAAACCCUUUUGUCUGUGACUGUUCCCUGUACUCCUUGCUGACCUUCUGGUAUCGUAGGCACUUUAGUUCUGUGAUGGAUUUUAAGAACGAUUACACCUGUCACCUGUGGUCUGGCUCAAAGCGCUCCAGUCAGCUGCUGCUUCUGCUCCAAGAUAGCUUUAUGAAUUGUUCUGACAGUGUCGUCAAUGGUUCCUUCCAUGCACUUGGCUUCAUUUGUGAGGCUCAGGUAGGGGAAAGACUGGUUGUCCAUUGUGACAGCAAGAUUGGUAAUGGAAACAUGGAUUUCAUCUGGGUUGGUCCAGAUAACAGGCUGUUGGAGCCGGAUAAAGAGAUGGAAAACUUUCAUGUGUUUUACAAUGGAAGUCUAGUGAUAGAAAGCCCUCGUUUUGAGGAUGCUGGAGUAUAUUCUUGUAUUGCAAUGAAUAGGCAACGUCUGCUAAACGAGACUGUGGAUGUCACAAUAAAUGUGAGCAAUUUCACUGUAAACAAAUCCCAUGUUCAUGAGGCAUUUAACACAGCUUUUACCACCCUUGCUGCCUGUGUGGCCAGUAUCGUUUUGGUACUUUUGUACCUCUAUCUAACACCAUGUCCCUGCAAGUGUAAAAUCAAGAGACAGAAAAAUAUGCUAAACCAAAGCAAUGCGCAUUCAUCAGUUCUAAGUCCUGGCCCUGCUGGUGAUGCCUCUGCUGAUGGACGGAAGGCAAGUAGAAGAGUGGUGUUUUUGGAGCCUCUGAAGGAUACUGCAACAGGGCAGAAUGGGAAAGUGAGGCUCUUCCCCAGUGAGACAGUUAUGGCUGAAGGCAUUUUAAAGUCCACAAGGGUGAAAUCUGAUUCAGAUUCAGUCAAUUCAGUGUUCUCAGACACACCUUUUGUGGCAUCCACGUAAUUGUGCGCCUGUGUUUGUAUGAUGUAAUUUCAUCCAUAUUUAAUUGUGUAUAGAUAGUGGGACAGAAAUUGUGUUGUUUUGUUUGUUGAGAUAAAACCAAAAUGACCUCUUAAAAGGGUUAAUAGCAAAUCAGGUAAAGCACUUUGGUUGCUCAGUGUGCCAGAGAAAGAUGGGGCUGUUUUCCCAAGUUUAAGUUCUGGAUAACAAUAUCUUAGUCUUUACCAUCAUUGAUAUCUUCACAGCUGGCCCCAGAGUGAUAUAUGACUGACGUUAUCCCUUCAUUCAGGACCUUUAAAAGAAAAAUAUGAACUCCAUAUAUUAGUAGUCUUUAAAAAUAUGCUUUGCUAACUUACGAGGCCCAAAGUUGAGUUAGUUUUAAAGAAAAGCAUCAAUAACCCAUUUCAUUUUAUAAAAUACAUAGAAAGAAGAAUCAAGCAACAAUUAUUUUGUAAAGCAUAAAGUUAGAUUUGGGAAUUAUUCAGCCAAAAUUGUAAUUUCAGACCAGAGUGAAAUAAUUGCACUGAUAAAUUUGCUGGAUAAUGUCACAUCAGUAAAUAGUGUAAGAAAGGUACAUUCAGUUGACUUUUUUUCCAUUCUGUACAUUCUUUCCAUUCUGUAUCCUGUAGAAAAGAUUUCUUUGGAAAUUUAAAGUCAUUAUUUGUUACAAGACUAUGUGUCAAUACCAAAGUGUCUGAAUAAGCCUUUAUUCAAUUAGACUAAUAUUUGUUCAUAUGCUUCUGUAUGUGAAAUCUUAAAUUAUAUGAGCUACUAAAUAGAGACUACCCUAUUGUACUUUGGAUAUUUAAAUGAAUGUAAAUAUAUGUAUUCUAUGACUUCCUGUUUUGUUUUAUCUGGCUAUUUCAACAUGUUAAUCUAAGACGUUUUAUGUGAUGAGAUUGUGCUAUUUUGUGUUACGCAUUACCUAUAGCAAAUAUCUCUCCAAAAUUCUUGUAGUUACAAUGGCGAGUUUAUCUGUUAGAGGGAGAAAAAGGUUUUAAUGUGUUCUAUACAAUAUAUAUAUAUACUUUCUGUAUCACUUUUUACCCUGAUAGCAUUAUGCAUUUUGACCAGAUUAGAAGACACUUAAAUCCUAAUUUUGCAACAAGUGAAAUCCUAAAAGACCUUAAUAUUCUUCUCUCUGUCAUAGGGUGAUCAAGUACCUUCUGUGGACCUAGGUUUCCUCAGCUGUAAAUUGAGGGUUUCAGGCCAGGUGAUUUUUAAGAAUCCUCAUACUGUCUUUAGUGAUUUCCUGGUGACCUUAGCCCUGUCAUAGAUUCCCAGAGGCUUGCUGAAAUGGUUCCACAUACUGAUGGAAAAUGGAUGGAAUUAGCAUCAAUGCUGUCAUUUACAGGAAUGAUCCCAGUCUUCAAAUCCAGUUUCUUGCCCUUCUCAUGCAUGAAUGAGACCCAGAGAUGGUUGUGGGUUGUCUAAGGUGGAGCAUUAAACACAUGACAGGGAUAAAAGGAGAGAGCCCAGGGUCAGCCUUCUGGAAAAAUAAGGGGCCGAAAAGAAUGGUUACCUUAAAUGGAAGGGUAUGGAGAAAGAACAAAGACAUUAGACCAAAGAGUAAUCAACAAAUGGCAAAGGAGAACCAAGAAUUGACCCUAGAGCUCAGAGAGACUUUUGAAGAGGUAGGUGUGGGCAGCAGUGACACAUACUACAGAGAAGUAGAUGAGGUAGCAGGUGAGCCACCAUCAUCAGUAAUGGUAGUUUUACGGGAAGUGUCUGUGAUAUUAAUAAUGGACACAUGGUGAGAGCUCCCUAAAUGCCAAGCUUGGCUCUCUGUGUAAGAUUCAGGUCAGCAGGGGUGUUAGGUAGAAAGUGACUGGGAAGUUCUUUACGGCAUUGGAUUCAGAAUGACUACUCAGUAGCACCAAAAUUUCCUGGCUUGAUGAUAAAAAUUGCUGCCCUGGCCUCUAUUACUGACCUCACCCUUUAAACAAGAUCCAUCAGAACCAAAGAUUUUCCAAGCAAGCAUUUUAGUCUUGUUUCUGCUGCUUAAAUAAGCGUUCUGUGAUUUGUAUGUUCUUGGAAAUCAUUAUAUUUUCUUAGGAUCACAGUUAAAACCACACAGGUUAAUACCACACCACUAAAGCUGUUUGGGCCGUGGCAAGAGCUACCUGCAAGGUGAGUGUGGGUAAAGCUGGUGCCCCACCAAGGAAGUUGCAGAGAAGAUCCCUGAAUUACGUAGUCUUUUCUGGAUGAGAUUUCUAAAGUCCUCAUGGCCUUAACUCUAGGAAAUCAGUGUUGCAUUUGACAGAGAAACAUGCACAGUGCCAGGGGAGAGUGGUAGUAGAGUUCAAUCAUAGUGAUUCUAAGUUAAAGGAUAGGGUAGGCUGAAAGAAGCCAAGAUACUUACAGUCAAACACAAAAGAAAUGGAAAAAAAAAUCCUAAAUACUGAAAGCAAAGCUGUGUUUUGAGCAAAAAUAGACAUAGUAACUGAAAAUCAUAGAACUGAAUGUUAUGAUGUGGAAUUCUAAGUUCUUAAGUGUAUUAAGUUUUUUGUAGGAACCUGACUUCAUGCAUUUUAAAUAUAAGAAUGAAAUUCGCUUUAUAAAUUUGUCUCACUCAAAAGUUUUUAUAUGAUUUUUCUUUGAGUAGUAAUGUCAAUUUAUGUAACUGGGUUCUUUUUAAGCCAUUUGGUGUUUUUCAUUACAUAGUGGUAAGAGGUAGAGACUCAUUGGAGAAAUCAAGCAACACAGAAGUAAAAUUUUUCGGGCUUAGAGUAUUUUUCCACUGUAAUGAUCUUAGAUCCACUAUUUUUUAUUAUCUAUACUAAUAUAUUCUAGAGUUAAUUGUGAAUUGUAUUUUUAAUACACUUUUAAGAUUUAGUACUUGAAAGAAUGGCCUAAAAGAUUUUCUUAUGUAUACUGAACUUCUGCAUUAAUUCUCAAUGCUGCUUAGAUGCAUUUCCAUAUAUUUAUUUUUAGCUUUAACUGUUCGAAUUAUUUGAGAAGAAAACUUUUUUAUUUUUGUAAAUAAAUAUGUUCCUAAAAUGCUAAUCUGAGAGCAACAUAGGUAGAUCUUACAGAGGUAGAACCAUAAGAAUAGGAAAACACUCUGUCCAAAUUCUGAAAGAUAUUUGAUGAUUCAUCAUCCUACUAAAAGUACUGUUAAAACAGGAUAAAACCUAAGCAAGCUCCAACAUCUCUAGGUUUUCCGUUGCCAUAACUGCAAAGGAAAUCCAGUGUCACUGGGUUUUCCAAGUGAUCUUUCAGGUGAUGCAAAGCCAGGCUUCUCAAUAGACACUGGGGAAAAUGUAAUCACCAGAGGUUUCCAGCAGCCUCUGUACUACACAUUCUUAAGCAGAGACUCAGACCCAGGAAGUUGGAGUAGACCCUGCCCAUUGUUUUGUUUUUUUUGACUUGUAAUUCUGAUUCUUUCAAUUUUGAUGAAACAUACCGUGCAAUGAGACCGUAGCAAAUUUUGUGUUUAAGGCUAUAUUGAAAUACAUUCUUCUUACUCACUAAUAAUUAUUAAUAAAAUAAUCAUUUCUCUUGUAAAAAUCUAAGAUAUGAAAAAAACACAAAAGUCUUGUUCACUGAUACUAAACCUAAAGUAAAUUGUUGGUGUAAUUUAUGGUUUAUAUUUUUCUAAGUUACAAAAUCUGAAAUUACUUUGAGAUGACUAAAUCCCUAUUGUUUCAUUUUUUAUGGCUAUUUUUAGUUUGCAAGAAGCUACACCAGAUCAGGUUUGCAACAGUGAGCUUUGAAGUCUUCACAUUUGAUUAGAUCAUAGUGCGGAUCUCAUCUACAAAGAUCCAAACUUGUUUUUUCAGUACAUUAGAAUAUUUUUAAAGAGCGCUAAGAUUCUAUCCAUAAUUCUUUCAUCUCUCCCUGCCUAAAAGCCAGCCCCCAAACCCAUGUUACUUACUUAGUUUGUGAAAAGAUGACGGUUAAUUUGUCUUUGUAAGUAUUAUUAGAUGAUAAUAAAUAAAAAGAACUAAAAACCUUAUAAUAAUCUGUUUAAUCAUUUAGAGAACUACAGAAAAUGCAUAGUUGCUUGUAGACAGAUUCCAGGUAAGGUGGCCAUUUUACAGUAAGGACCAGAAUAUACACAAUAUGGGUGAAUAGACACUUUGUAAAUUGUGAAAUGUACAAACAGUAUACUGACUCCAGCACCAACUAAGCACCAGGUAUAUUGAGAGAAGUAGUUUUCGUUUGGUUUCCUUCGUUACCAUAGCCUUGAAAGAAGGAAAAUAUUACCUUUUACAGGUGGGAAAACACUCUCAGAGAAAAAAUUAAUUUUCCCAGGUGACUCAGUUAAUAGGCUGUUUUUAUCAUGAUAAUCACUUCAAAAAUAUCUCUUCACUUGGCAUUGCAUUCAUUUGGAACCACAAGAGACCUAGAAUAGCAAAAGCCAUCAUAGGCAACAGUCAC